UACGAUUCCGUGCGCACGAGUGUGUCUAAAUGUGAAAUAUAAAAAUAUGGUAUUGGUAUUUUGCUAGUGAAAAUGAUUUCGUGUACCAUUUUUUUGUGAUAGUGAUUUUGUUUGUAUCAUUUUGUGACUUUUUUGGAUGUAUUACAAAAUGAUUCUUUUCAAGUACUUUGGUGUUAUUCUGCUUUUGCACACUGUUUCGAGUCAAUCACCUGUAUCAUACGAUUUAGCGGACAUCUUCAUCAACAGACAGACACACAUUUACGAAACACCACUGAAAUUCGACAGCGAUGCAUCAGAUCCUGUAUCAUUUUAUGAAGUAUUCAAUAAAAAUAAACUAACUACACCUUAUAUAAUAUACACAACUUUCAAACUAAAUGAUUUGAAAGUAUCGUGUUUAUUUUCUAUAGAAGAUAGUGUUGGCAAUGUCAAAUUGAGACUAUGUUUAAAUCUAGUCUCAGAAGAAUUGACAAAAGUAACCCUGACAAGUUCUAGUAGUGAACAUUCAUUGACUUUUUCAAUGGUUAUAAUGGAAUCUAUUAAUAUACUGUUGUAUGUAAAAAAGAAUAUUAUGACACUGAGAGUGAAUUGCGAGGAUUUUGGCGAGGCAACUUUCGAGGAAACAUUUGGAGAAGUGACGUUGUCUGAAGAUGCUCUACUCUAUCUGGGAAGGACUAGUGGGACACAGCACUUAUUCCAGGGAACCAUAGAAGACUUGACAAUCAUGACUGGUCCAAAUCUAGACAGCACUCUUCUAGAACUAUGUACACCGGAAGAAGAAAAGGUCGUUAGGGGUGAAAAGGGGCAAAAGGGUGAGCCCGGUGAGACAGUAAUUGGACCCAGAGGUCCAAUUGGACCCCAUGGAAAGAAAGGGGAGAAAGGAGUAUGUCAAUGUUCAGAAACAACGGUGUCAGCUCUCCUUAGAAGUAUGCCUGAAAUGAGAGGUCCUCCAGGAGAGCCUGGACUUAGGGGUGACCCGGGAGAUCCUGGCCCAACUGGUAUGACGGGUAAACCAGGACCUCAAGGUCCAAGGGGACCACCAGGGCUAAAUGGUGAUAAAGGUGAACGAGGCGACAAAGGUGCUCCUGGAAAUGACGGUGAACCUGGUAUGGAUGGUCGACCGGGAAAAGAUGGUGAGCGAGGGCCCCAAGGACCUGAAGGGCGAAUCGGACCACCGGGGCCUCCAGGGCCUGGUUAUAGGGAAACAGAAGAGACAGAAGUAGCUGUUCCCGGAGAAAAAGGUGACCAAGGCCCUAUUGGACCCCCUGGAACACCUGGGGGGAGAGACGAACAAGGGGAAAAAGGUGAAAAGGGGCACCAGGGAAUGAGAGGUGAAAAGGGUGACCGGGGUGAAAUCGGCUCUGAAGGGCCUAGAGGUGAAAAGGGUGAACAAGGAACUUCAGGCAUUGAUGGCAUUCCAGGGGUGCCGGGUACACAUGGACGCCCAGGAUCUAAAGGAGAAAAGGGAGACAAAGGGGAAAUCGGCCCACCUGGCGCCUCUGCAAAACUUUCCUCAAUUUUAGAUGAAGACAUCGACGCCACUGAAAGAGAAGAGAUUAUUGAUAAACUAAGAGGAUUUCCUGGCAAUCAAGGACCCAUGGGGGAAAAGGGUGAAAAGGGAGAUCUAGGGUCCCAGGGAAAACCCGGCGUUGAUGGAAAACAUGGCAGGCCGGGGGUGCAGGGUGAACCCGGUCCUAUAGGGCCUCAGGGUCCAAUGGGGGAUCAAGGAGAGAAAGGCGAUACAGGUCCACCAGGUCCAAUGGGCCCUCCGGGGAAUGUUCCACUUCAUGAGAUCGCUUUGUUGAAGGGCAGCAAGGGAGAUCAAGGAAAAGAUGGGGCCAAAGGAGCUAAGGGUAAUUCUGGCGCGCAAGGUCGAGUGGGAGCCAGAGGGCCAAGAGGACAUGAUGGAAAGCCGGGUCCAAAAGGUGAAAAGGGCGAUAGUGCUGAUCCUGAAAAGUUGUUAGAAAUCAAAGGAGAAAAGGGUGAUAUGGGACCUCCUGGAGAGCCAGGAAAGCAGGGCCCACCAGGACAUUGCUCGUGUCCAAAUUCAACAGUUUCGGUACGAGGACCACCAGGACCCCCUGGGCCGCCAGGGCCUCCAGGUGUUUCUGUAAUGGGGCCAAAAGGGAACCCUGGGGGAAUAAUUUCUCAGACCAACUAUUAUUCUAUUAGCGAAAGCCCGACAGACGAACCUGCAGAUGACGAUGAUUUCUUCUAUUCUACAAUUACUGUAAUUUAUAGUACUACUACUGCACUAUUUAAGCGAACAUCGAGUACGCCUUUGGGAACCUUGGCCUACGUCUUACAAAAGAAAAUAUUACUGUUAAGGGUCGAAAGUGGGUGGCAACACAUUACGAUGGGCAAAAUGUUGGAUGCGAAUGAAAUGCACACAGCCGCUCCUAGACACGUGAUGCAGUACCAUUCUCCUCCGCCUGCUGAUCCUGUUUUUAUGUACGGAAAUCAUAUUCGUAUUGCAGCGUUAAACACGCCACAUUCUGGUAACAUAUAUACGAGGAACAGCAGAGGUUGGUCAGCAGCGGAAGCAGAAUGCCACAAACAGUCGAAGAAAUUAAAAAUCACUGGGAGCUUUGUACCUUUUCUCACUAACAGCAUAAGAAAUAUAAAGCCAAUGGUGAACGUUCACGCUGAACAUCUUCCCGUGGUGAACUUGAGAGGAGAGUUACUGAUCGACUCCUGGGCAAGCAUGUUCAACGGUUCUGGAGCAGUUCUUGCCAACUGGAACACAGAUAUAUAUAGCUUCGACGGGAAGAAUGUGAUGAGAGAUCCAACGUGGCCCAAGAAAUGGAUAUGGCAUGGAAGCGAUAUAUUCGGAAAUCGCACAAGAAGUACAUUUUGCGAUGAUUGGCAGAGUGACAGCCCCGCACAUUAUGGUGAAGCGACCUCUUUAUUUAGUAAGAGGUUGUUACUUGGGGAACCCCAAAGUUGUAAUAAUAAGUACAUAGUACUCUGUGUAGAAAUAACGCCUAAAAAAGAUAGACUAUUGAAAGUGGAGAGACACCAUGUGUCGAGAUUACGCCAAAGACGCUAUGGACGCAAUAGCAUAAGUUCUACUCAAAAUAACUUUAAUUAUGGAUAAGUCUAGAAAUAUAUUCACCAUUUUAAUAAUAAAAUUUAAAAGCCAUGUAGUUACCAGUACAGUAAAGUAAGAAUCCUUCAUUUCUUUCAGUGAUGUCAUAGGAGGUGACUAAAGGAUAAAGUAAAAGCAAGAAAAGAUAAGUAGGUGUACAAGAUGCCCCCCAAUAUGACUUUGGGUAAAGGAAACAAUACCAAAAAAGACCUGUAAAAUAUAAUUUUCAUGCCGUUUUAGUUACUAAUAAUUGAUAUUAAUUAUUAAUAAUUCCUACCAGUAAAAUGUAAUGAUAAAAAUAAAAAAGAACCAGUAAAAUGUUCAAUUUCACUGCAUAUUAUAAAGCAAAGCAGCUUCGCGCGUCUGUUCCUAUGUAUGUAUUUACGCUUAGAUUGUUAAAACUACACGACGGACUUUGUUAGAUUUCUUAAAUACACAGAGUGAUUCAAGAGGAAGAUUUAUAGGUUUAAAUGCUACCCGUGCGAAGCAAGGGCGGGUCGCUAGUGUUCCUAUAAAAACGUUAAAAUGUAAAAAUAAAUUAUUCAAUUUUUAGAUAUUGCAACCAUAAUACAAGGAUUUUAUGAUUUUUUAGAAAGAUUUUAAUGAAAAAGUCAAGCAACUUAGAUAAGCCAAACUAGUGUAUAAAGUUAUAACUAAUUUAAAUGUAAUUAAAAAUACUCUUAAUCUUCAUAAGUUGCAUAUUAUUUGACAAAUGAUUAAAUACUCAACCAUUUUCAGAAUAUUUUCAUUUCACUUUUAUUAAAACUAGUUACACCCUUAUUGUUUGUAGUUUUUUUUUAAAUAAGUAAUAACUAAAUACGUAAAUAUGAAUCUUAGAACGUAAAUAAAUCAAACCUAUGUACUUUGUAAGCAUAUUUAAGUAAGCAUUCAAUUCAUUGCAAUUUGUUAUUAAAUUUUUUUAUGUAUUGUAAUGUAAUUAUGCAAAAAAUGUGAAUUAUCUGUUUACACAAAUUCUGAAUUGUUAUUUGUUUACAUGUAAGUUUUGUCCAAAUACUGUUUAGAAAUAAAUAAAUUUUGUUUGCCACUCGAUCGUGACUGUAACAUAUAUUUUAUGUCAAUGAAAACCUGUGUAGAGUACAAAUUACCAUAGGUUUUACCAUCAGAUAAAAAAAAUGCUUCUCCGAAUAUUAAAUGCCAUUGCUAUCAUUGAUAGCACUAUUUUUUUUUCCUUUUAACAGUUGUAUCUUUUGAUUGUGGCCAGUAUUAUUUUUGUAUACUAUCCGGCAUUAUUAUACAUCGUAUGUUUUAUUUUAAAUGCACUUUGUAACGUGUUUCAUUAAGUCUUUCUUCUAUUUAUGAUAAUGUUGUGAAAUAAAUUUAAAUGUAAGUCAAGUAAGUUAUCAUUAUAUCUAAGCUACAAAAUUUACACA